ACACGAAAUGAAACAGCCGUCAGCCCCAGGCUGCAGAUGCGACCAAUCUGCUUUCACCUACAACAAGCCUCAACCAGUUUUCCACUUCUGUCGGAGCUCAAGAACAGCGUUUUCCACUUGGCCGUGUGGCUGGAUAAAUCUUGACACGGGGAGUGGAGUGCCUAGUUUGUGCCACUGUACGAGCGUUCCCACUUGCCUCUCCAGCUUUCUUCUCCCCUCUCCCCCAGUCUCCGGAUGGCAGUGGAUUCGCUCUGGCACUACCAGUUCCGGAUUAUCAUGUUGGGGGACUCCACUGUGGGAAAAUCCUGUCUCCUGAAGCGCUACGCCGAAGGGGUCUUCCUUGAGUCCAUGAAUCAAACUGUGGGUGUGGAUUUUUAUGUUCACUUCCUGGAGAUUGAGCCUGACCUGCGCAUCAAACUACAGUUUUGGGAUACAGCUGGGCAAGAGCGGUUCAGGUCUGUGACACGUUCCUAUUACCGCAACUCCGCUGGAGGUGUGCUGGUGUUUGACCUGGCCAACAGAGCAUCCUUCGAAAGCAUCCGGAAGUGGCACCAGGAAGUGAUGGACACGGUGAAGCCUCACCACAUUGUCUUUGUGCUGGUUGGGCACAAGAGCGAUUUGGAGGCCGAGAGGAAGGUUGGACAAAAGGAGGCAGAGAAACUGGCCACUUUGCUGGAGGCCAAGUACAUUGAGACGUCUGCGAAGAGCAACAGGAACGUGGGGGAGGCUUUCCAGAUCUUGACUAUGGGAAUAUACGAGGCUCUGAAAAGCGGGAAAAUGAGACCCAGCGAACAGUGGGACGGGGUGAAAAGCAAACUGCCACCUUUGGCACAGCCUGAGGCCCAGGCACAGGAAGGGGGCAAGAAAUGUUCCUGCUAGCAAAUGGCAACUGCCUCUGGGAAAGUGCAUGGGCCCUUUUGUACAAUAACCCGUGCAUGAUGCCCAUGAGCCAUUCAUCUAGAAAGCAAUGAAGGCUAUAAAAGGCUUUUAUAGGCUGGUGUAUAAGCAAAGGUGUAUUCCCUUUUGUUAUUGCUAACCUAACA